CGCAGUGUUGUUUACAUGUUGUUUGGCACACUCUUGCUGCAAUUUGUUAAGAUCAUCUUUUUUUGCCUUAUUUGUAACUUGAUUCUGUUUACCGCUCAUAACUUUAAUCAAUAUUUUAAAUUAGUAUAUUGGUUUGAGUUAAAUAAGGGAGUAGAGGCGAGGGAGGUGAAGUGAGGAGAGGUGAAGUCUGAUCGCCACCGCCGCCGCCAUACCUCACCAAGUGCUGAGAUGUUCUCCCUCUCGAAGCAGGUAGCAGCAAGAUGUGGCUGUAUGGCGAAGCGUUCACUCUCCUGCUCGGUGGCAAGAUGUGCCAUCCAAUUUGAACCACCAUAUUUAGAUGCAGAGGGCCCAGAGGUACCAGAGUAUCCUCUAGUUAAUGUACAAAUGAAGGGCUAUGACUUUACGGUGUUGGAACAUUAUGGCAAGUGGGUCCACAACACUGCACUCAACAUGGAUAUUGAUGUUGAAGACAGCUGGGCAACACCAUGCCAAAAGCUCUUCAUCCAGACUUACAAACCUAAAAGUGCAAAAGUGGAAGCUGAAUACAAUCUUCAAAUUUAUGAGCGAACUGUGCAGCUGGCUGAUCUACCAUCGAUCAUGGCUCCUUUAUUUAUUGAUGUGAUCCAGGCAGGACUUCCUCAAGGAGUAGAACUAACUGUUCUGGAACACAUGCCAGAACACACAAAGGUGCGGUACAUCCCAGACUUGGAACUAAAAGAUCUACAAAAGCAGCUUGGCGACCUUGGAGGAUCAUCCAAAAAAUAAUGCAGUUUAGAUGUAGUGGUGCUUUUGUAUAUUUUCUGUACAGUAGUUAACACUUUAGCAUGAUUACAAUGUUAAUAAUGAAUAAAUUUUGAAAACACUUUCAUCUAGGAUGCAUAGGUAUGCAACAAUUUUCAAAGAUUAUUCUUUUGACAAAUCUUGGAGCUGGGUAAUUGAGUCACUGCAACAUCCCCAAAGUUUAAUUUGUUAAAGAAGCACGAAGUAUUUUGAGGCUAUUCCAUUCAUGACACAAAAAUAUGGAGAGAAAUAGUUUUAAGAUUGAAGCUUGUAUAUUUUAACACCAGUCUAUUUAAAAGUUUAUUUGGAUAGAAAUAAAUUUCUUUAAAAUCUUUGUGAAGGCAAUAAGGUCUUUUUAAGUUUUAUUUAUUUAUUGCAUCCAUGUUGUUUUUUGCCAAUGCAAUUUACAGUUAUAUGAUGGUAUUAUUCAACAAUUUGUACAAAAGUUGUAAGAAUGAACUGCCAACAGUAUGCACAACAUUCAAACACAGUAGACUCAUGAUUGUGUGGAUGUGAACCUUGGCUUCAGUCAUCACCCUGCUAACAUCUUUGUAAUCUUUAAAAGAAUACAAUAUACAUAUUGUUGUUAUUGCUAUAUCCUUUGCUUACCUUUAUGUUUGGGCUCUAGUAUUUUAUUAAGGAUCUUUUGGGAAAAUUGGAUGAAUUUCAGGACCAUGGAGUUUUCCAAUAAAGAUUUUCUGAAAGGGCUGAAUGGUGCCUCCCUGGAGUUAGGUCGCCGAGGUAGCUCCGUAUUUGAGUCACAUCAGUCUUAGGAGUCCUUACUGGCCUACUGGAGACCAGAACAUGGCCUCCCCUCACAGUGGCUCAGAUGCUGGGGAUUGUUACGAUCACCCUCACCAAGGAAACAUCCAGAAAGUAAUCGAAGCAAAACAAACAACUGCAAGAUACAGACAAGGGAAAACAAAGUAGCAAAUGGCUCUACAAACCAUCCACCAAGUACUUGGGCUGAAACCACUAAUUACAGUUCACCACCACCAGAUGGCAACACCUUUGGGAGCCCCAGCUCCCCAUGUCAACAGAGCUCAGUCCGAUCACUAAUGUCUAUCUGUCUUUGGACUGCUCCUUGAGUCACCAGCCUACUUUGGUUGAAGCCUCCAUGUUGGUAUGGGUUUAUUUUAUUUUGUAGUGAUGAGGCUACAGAGGUGACAGCUACUUCAGGUUCGUUUGCCCAUUGGUGUGGCUUUGUGCUCAAGUGGUUGCCCUGGAGCUGGUCCACCUUAAUCUUUGGGGUGUUAGAGGUUGAGCAGCUGAUGUAUCUACUGGUGCUAUGUUUGAUGCUUCUCCUUCCUCUGUCUCUGCUAUUGUUGAAUAGAUUCCUUGUACACCUCCCCUUUGCUCUGAGCUCUGGAAAAUCUUAGGGUUUCGGAGUCUGGGCUGCAUUUAGUUGUGUUUGGAGCUUGGCUGUCUCCAGGAGACAGCCAAGCUGGUCCACGAUAUGGAAGUCCACUGUACUACAUUGUCAACAGUCAUUACCUUAGGGUUGCAAUGCUUUAUCACUUUCAUAUAACUUUCAGAAGAGCUUGGGUUUAGCCUUCAAAUAAAAAAAAAAGUUACCCUGUUCACUUUGUAUUUAUCUUCUAUGCAUGCUACUCUUCAUUCUCUUAAUUAACUUUAUAAUUAAUUUUGAGCAGAUAACAAUGUUUCCUUUAGGGUUUCUAAUUGAAACUCUCAAUACAUUUCUUGUAAAUAUUUUGAGCUGACUUGGUGGCAAGAUGUUCUGUUAUUUCAACAAAAUAUCAAGAAUGUCAGUGUAGAACAGGGUCAGGAGUCAUUAACCACUUACGUGUCCCCGUACAAUACCUGUACAUUUUUCCUCCAUCAUGGCGGCUUAGUCUGUAUUUAUUUAAAAAAUUAACAAUGUUCAAAACUUCACAACCCACGAGUAUCAUUAUUAUUACAGACAAGCUCGUAGCUCUUCAGAGUUCAUUAGCCGUUUUAUAAAUACAAACUUAACCGCCAUGAUUGAGGAAAGAUGUAUGGGUUUGGUAAUUGAACAUGUAAAUGCCGAAUGUAUCCUGGUCAAGGCCCCAUGUUAACAUGUACUAUAAAACACAAAGCUGGGUAGAUGCACUUAACAUGCAUCUGGGCCAUCUGGCUGGGGAACCAUAGUCUCUUGCCACUAAAAAGCAGAGAAAAUGGAAAACAAAUACGGUACAGUAUUUGUGUUUAAAUAGGUCUUAGUUAAAUUGUGAAUUUGUAUCUGUAACAUCAAACGGAUAAGAUACAAGUCAAAACUCUACAGAUGUUUAUCCUGUGAACUAUAAUUCCAUCUACUGAAUAAAAACUACAGAAAGUU